AUGGAUAGUCAAUCAUAUUUAAGGCCAAAAAUAUUUAUUCAAAUACAAAAUGACCUUAAGAAAUAAUUUUAUUCAGAAGAUGAGGAUGCUGACUUAACUCCGAAAAAACCAUUAAUUGCUAAACCUUCAAAAUUUUCAAGAGGAGAAGGAUAACAGUUUUAAACUGAUGAUUCUGAUAAUACACCUAUGAAAUAUAUUUAACCAAGUUCACCUAAAGGAUAAAAUAAAUUAUCAAAAUUUAAACAAAAGGAGAGUCACAUAGAAAAAGAUUCAGAUAUAUAAUUUGAAUCCAAUGAAGACGAAAAAAAAGAAUAGGCUUUAAAAAUUGAAACAAAUCAAAAAACUGAACCAGAAUACGAUAUUUAGUAAAUGUCAAAAUAAAUGGAAUAAAAAUAUCAAAAUCCUAAGCAACCAUUUAAGCAUCCACCAAUUUAAAAAUCAAAUUCCUCUAAGUAAGUUAUGAGUAAAAAUAUUCAUUUUAAAGAUCAUCCAUUUAGACAUUUAGUUUAUGGUAAAAAUAUUAAUCAAAAUGACUUUUUAAGAUUUUUAUAAAUAGUGUAAAGUGGAUUAUUAUAUGCAUGCAAUUCUUUAAAAGGUCCAUCAGAAAGAUUUCUUAGAAGUAGACUUAUUAGACUUAAAGAAUCUAAUCAAAAGAAAUCUAAAUUAUUAAUCCUUGAUUUAGAUGAAACCCUGAUUCAUAGUUGUUCAUCUCGAGAUUCUCCUUAAGUCACACUAUCUAUAAAUAACAAUGAUGAUAGAGUUGAUGUAAUGUUUUUAUAUAUAUUUAUCUUUUAGUUAUGUUUCAAUAUUAGACCAUUCUGUUAAGAAUUUCUAAAAGAAAUGUCUAACUAUUUUAAUAUUUACUUAUUUACGGCUUCUUCAGAAUUUUAUGCUAAUACAAUUAUUAAUUAUUUAGAUCCUAAAAGACAGUUUAUUAUUGAUAUUUUAUGCAGAAAUAACUGUUUUGAAACUAAAAAUGGGUUUUUUAUUAAAGAUUUAAGAAUUAUAACAAAUAGGUCUUUAAAAGAUAUAGUUAUAGUUGAUAAUUUACCUCAUUCAUUUGGAUUACAAUUAGAAAAUGGAAUACCAAUUUUAGAAUAUUUAUUCAAUCCAAAAGAUGAAGAAUUGAAAUAUUUAUAAAAUUAUCUUAUUUAGUUGAGUAAAGAAGAGGAUGUAAGAACCUUUAAUAAAGAAAACCUCAAAUUACUUAAUUUAAUUGAUUUUAAACUUAAUAAUUGA